CGGGCGCUCUCUCUCAAGCCCCGGCGCACUCUCCGAAACCUGCUGGUCCCUUUCAGGGACAAAAAAGGGGCCGCGUUAAAUAAAACUCUUGCUCAACAAAGCAGACGCGCGAUCGAUCUUACCCACCAUCCACGUGCGAAUUCAUCGAACGGCCGAAUAGGAAAUUGGCGAAAAUAAAACCCAGCCUCAAAAAUCUACAGAAGAAUCCCCCCACCCCCAACCAAACGCUGACCCGGCAUCACUGCGUUACAUCAUCACGUUUAACAUCACUCGCAAUGACGGAGAGCACGCUAGCGUGAUGACGCUACUAACUUGGUUCAAGCGCGCUUCUCGGGUAUAGUGUGACAAUGUAGUAAUUCUUCAUUGAAGAAAAUGUGUUGACUACUACUGCUGUUGCAUUGAAGAAAUCAUGAAAAAAUCCCAGCAGCUCCAGCAAUCUCCUCCAUCUUUAUUUGCUGAGAACAAAUGCUCAGAAGACGAAUUUGAUAUUCUGCUUUCGACACUGCCUGAGAAACUUAAUCGGAGAUUACUUCCUUUCCAGAAAGAAGGAAUUAAGUUUGGCUUUGAAAGAAAUGGCAGGAGAAUUCCAACCAGCAAAAUUACCAUAGUGGGUUAUGGCCUUUUAACAACCGAUGCACAGACUUUAAUAGAUGCUCUACAUGACCAAAAUUUCCAAGUUGUUAUAGUUGAUGAGUCCCACUACAUAAAGUCACGUAACGCAGCACGAAGCACAAUUUUGGUACCUAUUGUACAAAAAGCUGCUAGGGCAGUCCUGUUGACUGGAACUCCUGCACUGAGUCGCCCAGAAGAGCUUUUCAUGCAGAUUGAUGCAUUGUAUCCGAGAAAAUUUGGAACAUGGACAAAUUACGCCAAGAAAUAUUGCAAUGCUCAUCUUAGGUAUUUUGGCAAACGAGCUCAGUGGGAUUGCAAAGGAGCUUCCAAUUUAGAUGAGCUUCACCGAUAUCUGAGUAAUAUAAUGAUUCGACGAAUGAAGGAUGAAGUUUUGACCCAGCUGCCUCCAAAAAUUCGACAACAAAUUCCAUUUGAUUUGUCAAAGGAAGCCGCUAAGGAAAUGAAUAGCAGCAUUGAGGAGUGGGAAAAGUUAAUGAGAGAGCUGCGUUCGAGUUCAGCAGAGACUGAUAACCCCUUUAUACAAGUCAUGGGUCUCAUCACUCGCAUGUAUAAACAAACUGCUGUUGCAAAGGCAGGAGCAGUGAAGGACUACAUUAGAAUGAUGCUACGUGAUACAAAAUUGAAGUUCUUGGUUUUUGCUUAUCAUUUGACUAUGUUGCAAGCUUGCACAGAGGCUGCAAUAGAAAGUAAGGCACGGUACAUAAGAAUAGAUGGUAGUAUUCCAUCUUCAGAAAGGAUUCAUCUUGUCCAUCAGUAUCAGAAUGAUCCAGAGACUCAAGUUGCAAUCCUUAGCAUCAAGGCUGCUGGACAGGGUUUAACAUUUACGGCUGCUACACAUGUUGUCUUUGCUGAGUUGUUCUGGGAUCCUGGUCAUUUGUUGCAGGCUGAAGAUCGGGCUCAUCGUAUAGGACAAUGCAGCUCGGUUCAUAUCCAUUAUCUUAUUGCCAGAGGAACACUGGACUCACUCAUGUGGAGCAUGCUUAAGCGUAAGACUCGUGUAACAAGUAACACAUUAAAUGGAAUAAUGCAACACUUGGAAGUGGAAGAGGGCGAUAAAGAAAAGUGGGACUUCUUAAAUACUGCAUUGGCCUGGGUGCCAAAUGAAAAUUUUUCAGGAACUGAGGAUGGAGUGUUUUUCACCCAUUUUGAAAAAGAAAAACAGCAUGACAUCCGCUCAUUCUUUUUGUCAAAACCUGACUCCAGGGAGAAACGCAAGAGAACCCUUCAAGAUUUACCCGUCAGCCAGUUUUCUGAUACAUUCGAGCUGCAGCAAUCACCUGAUUCCCCCAAUUCAGCUCAACAACCACAAGGAAAGCUGGAUGAAUUAAAUGCAAGAGGUGGUGAAAAUGAGAAUGAAGUGAUAAGCAAAAUGAACAAUGAUGAGCUGCUGUUUAAAGAUACCUUUGAACCACAGACUAAACGAUUGAAAUCUUUAUUCACGCCAAUCAAAAAUAAGGCAAGUUCAAAAAAGAAAAAGUCCAAAGGUGGGCUGACACCAUCCACAAUUAGAAUUUCAAGUACUCAAAAUUCCCUGGGCGAAGCACAACUUACCUCACGAAAACUGCCUGUAACUGAAAAAACGUGGAACUGCAAAAUGUGCACGUAUACUAAUAAUAUCUUUCUGUCUUACUGUGAAAUGUGUGAAACUCUGCGAGGCUUUGGUGAUCAAAAGGAAAAAUAUUUGUCUUCUCAUGAAAACCUAAGUGAAAAAGAAUACAAAGGAGGAACCCAACCUGAUACUGACUGCACUGUCCUAUCUGACCAGGAAAGUGAGGAAAAAGAUGAGCCAAGUUCGCCCACAGAGCAGACAAAUAAUGAAGAGCUACACAUCACUACAGUGAAAUCUGAGGAAAACCAUGUACUUUUCAAUAUAGACAAAAGUAGCAAUGAUGUUUCCAAAGCUGAAGGAAGAAUGUGCAAUGCCAGUCAGCAGCAACAGGAACAAUCUGUUAUCAGUUACAACAGCAGUGAUCAAGUUUAUGAUGGCUUCAUGUUUUGUGCAAGCAGAAAUACUGAUAGAAUACAUUUGUACACCAAGGAGAGAGAACCUUUAAACUGCAAUUUUAUUCCUUUGGAUGUGAAGUCAGAAAACUGGGAGGAUUUGCCACCGUUCUUUGACCGGAAAGAAAAUCGUGCUGUGCUUCUGCGUUUUGUACGAGAAUGGCUCAGCUUGUCUACAAUGAAGCAAAGAAUAAUUAGGAAGAGUGGUCAGAUGUUCCACAGUCCUAUUCUUGUGUUAGAAAACAUAUUAAAAGGCCAACAUAGACAAAGCUGUACAAAACGAUUUAUAACAAAAGAUGAUGUAGCUGCUGUAUCUCUAAAUAAGGCACAAAGUGAAGGAGGAACUGUGCGAGUAAUAGCAAGAGUGAAUACAUUUCAGGGCAAGACUAAAAUCAAAACUUCCAAUCAACCAAGUGAGGAAAAUCUGAACAACAACGUAAGCGAAAGCAUCGAAAAUAAAAUCUGCAACAGGACUUCUUUAACUGAUGAAGUAGCUGGCAUUUCUUUGGAAGCUGGCUAUGUACAAGCUGUGAAUGAAGGAGGAAACCCUCUAUGUCUUGCUUGUCAACAGCCAACAACCCAGGUCAGCAAGUAUCAUAAAUCUACAGCUUGGGAUACACGAUAUUGCUCCCAAAAAUGUCAGGAAGAUUUUUUGGUUCGAUCCAAUCGAUGUUACAUGAGAUCAAAGGUUUUUGAAGCUGAGCAUGGAAUCUGCCAGCAAUGUGGCCUCGAUGCACAGCAGUUGUUUCUUCGUGUCCAUGAUACGCAGAGAACCCACCGGAAAGAGCUACUUGAAAAUACAUGGCUGUCACAGCUUUCCCUCGAUCAGUUGAAUGACAUGAUUUGGAAUCCAACUGAGGGACAGUUCUGGCAAGUGGACCAUAUCAGACCAGUUUUUGGUGGAGGAGGACAAUGCUCCCUUGAAAACCUACAGACACUCUGUACUGUCUGUCAUAAAGAGAGAACAGCAAAACAAGCCAAAGAAAGAAGCCAGGCAAGAAGACUUUCAGACACUUACAAAAAUGCAUCAGAUAUCCGAAGGUUUUUUACAAAGAAACGAAAAUGAUAUUUGUAAACAUAAGUUUCCUGGUUUAUUCAUGUACUAAUUGAUGUAUUACAUGUAAUAACA